CAGAUGUACAGAUCAGCUCUCAAAAUGUCUUCUGUGUCUUCAGAGCGUCUUCUAAGACAAUUGCAUUAGCCUCCUGCUAGUUGACUAAUAGAAUUAAUAAUUGUAAAAAGCACUCUAAAGCCACAUGCCUUAUGAAGUCAAUGCUGGGUAUGAUUUUACAAAUAUGGUCCGGAAAAAGAACCCCCCUCUGAGAAACGUUGCUAGCGAAGGCGAGGGCCAGACCCUGGAGCCUAUAGGUACAGAAAGCAAGGUAUCUGGAAAGAACAAAGAAUUUUCUGCAGAUCAGAUGUCAGAAAAUACGGAUCAGAGUGAUGCAGCAGAACUGAAUAAUAAGGAGGAACAUAGCUUGCAUGGCCAAGAUCCAUCCUCUAGCAUCAAGAAGGGCUUAAAAAGCUCAGUCCUGAGCGAGAAGGCUGGCUUCAAUUAUGAAAGCCCCAGUAAAGGAGGAAACCUUCCCUCGCAUCCACAUGAUGAGGUGACAGAUAGAAAUAUGUUGGCUUUCUCAUCUCCAGCUGCUGGGGGAGUCUGUGAGCCCUUGAAGUCUCCUCAAAGAGCAGAGGCAGAUGACCCGCAAGAUAUGGCCUGCACCCCAUCAGGGGACUCAUUGGAGACAAAGGAAGAUCAUAAGAUGUCACCAAAGGCUACCGAGGAAACAGGGCAAGCGCAGAGUGGUCAAGCCAAUUGUCAAGGCUCAAGCCCAGUUUCAGUGGCCUCAAAAAACCCACAAGUGCCUUCAGAUGGGGGUGUAAGACUGAAUAAAUCCAAAACUGACUUACUGGUAAAUGACAACCCAGACCCGGCACCUCUGUCUCCAGAGCUUCAGGACUUUAAAUGCAAUAUCUGUGGAUAUGGUUACUACGGCAAUGACCCCACAGAUCUGAUUAAGCACUUCCGAAAGUAUCACUUAGGACUGCAUAACCGCACCAGGCAGGAUGCUGAGCUGGACAGCAAAAUCUUGGCCCUUCACAACAUGGUGCAGUUCAGCCAUUCCAAAGACUUCCAGAAGGUCAACCGUUCCGUGCUCUCUGGUGUGCUUCAGGACAUCAAUUCUUCAAGGCCUGUUUUACUAAAUGGGACCUACGAUGUGCAGGUCACUUCGGGUGGAACAUUCAUUGGCAUCGGACGGAAAACUCCAGAUUGCCAGGGAAACACCAAGUACUUCCGCUGCAAAUUCUGCAAUUUCACUUACAUGGGCAACUCCUCAACUGAACUAGAACAACAUUUUCUUCAGACGCACCCGAACAAAAUCAAAGCCUCUCUCCCCUCCUCUGAGGGUGCGAAACCUUCAGAGAAAAACUCUAACAAAUCCAUCCCUGCACUUCGGUCCAGUGAUUCUGGAGACUUGGGAAAGUGGCAGGACAAGAUCACGGUCAAGACGGGAGAUGACACUCCUGUUGGCUACUCAGUGCCCAUCAAGCCCCUCGAUUCCUCGAGACAAAAUGGUACAGAGGCCACCAGUUACUACUGGUGUAAAUUUUGUAGUUUCAGCUGUGAGUCAUCUAGCUCGCUUAAACUGCUAGAACAUUAUGGCAAACAGCACGGAGGGGCGCAGUCAGGCGGCCUUAAUCCGGAGUUGAAUGAUAAGCUUUCCAGGGGCUCUGUCAUUAAUCAGAACGAUCUAGCCAAAAGUGCAGAAGGGGAGCCAAUGACCAAGGCAGACAAGGGCUCUAGUGGGGCUAAAAAGAAGGACUUCUCCAGCAAGGGAGCAGAGGAUAAUAUGGUAACGAGCUAUAAUUGUCAGUUCUGUGACUUUAGAUAUUCCAAAAGCCACGGCCCUGACGUCAUUGUAGUGGGGCCGCUCCUCCGUCACUAUCAGCAGCUCCAUAACAUCCAUAAAUGUACCAUUAAGCACUGCCCCUUCUGUCCCAGAGGCCUUUGCAGCCCAGAGAAGCACCUUGGAGAAAUUACUUACCCCUUUGCUUGUAGAAAAAGUAAUUGUUCCCACUGUGCACUCUUGCUUUUGCACUUGUCUCCGGGGGCAGCCGGAAGCUCGCGAGUCAAACACCAAUGCCACCAGUGUGUGUUCUCCACCCCUGACGUAGAUGUCCUCCUCUUCCACUACGAGAGUGUGCAUGAGUCCCAAGCUUCGGAGGUCAAACAGGAAGCCAACCACCUGCAAGGAUCGGAUGGGCAGCCGGCUGUCAAGGAGGGCAAGGAACACUCAUGCACCAAAUGUGAUUUCAUUACCCAGGUGGAAGAAGAGAUUUCCCGACACUACAGGAGAGCACACAGCUGCUACAAAUGCCGUCAGUGCAGUUUCACAGCUGCUGAUACUCAGUCACUACUGGAGCACUUCAACACUGUCCACUGCCAGGAACAGGACGUCACUACAGCCAACGGUGAGGAGGACGGCCAUGCUGUGUCCACCAUCAAGGAGGAGCCCAAAAUUGACCUCAAGGUCUACAGUCUGCUCAAUCCAGACUCUAAAAUGGGAGAGCCAGUUUCCGAGAGUGUGGUGAAGAGGGAGAAGGUAGAAGAUAAGGAUGGGCUAAAGGAGAAAGUUUGGACCGAGAGUUCAAGUGAUGACCUUCGAAACAUGACUUGGAGAGGGGCAGACAUCCUGCGAGGCAGCCCAUCCUAUACUCAGGCGAGCCUGGGGCUUCUGACGCCCGUGUCCGGCACCCAAGAGCAAACCAAGACUCUAAGGGAUAGCCCCAAUGUCGAAGCUGCCCAUCUGGCGCGACCUAUUUAUGGCUUGGCUGUGGAGACCAAGGGAUUCCUGCAGGGGGUGCCGGCUGGCGGAGAGAAGUCGGGGACCCUCACCCAGCAGUAUCCUGCGUCGGGAGAAAACAAGUCCAAGGAUGAAUCCCAGUCCCUGUUACGGGUAGGAAGACUUUUUGUGAAGUCUGGCAUAGUUCUGCUGGCCCAGGUUUGUAAAGUAGGGGAAGCAGAUGUAUCUUUUAGUGAAUUGGGCUACUGCAUGAGUCAGGAGAUAACAGGGCCCCAAAAGGAACCCAUUGUUGAAUGUUCUUUCUUAGAUGUUGGAAAUGAAGAGUAUAUAGAAGGUGGCCCAAGUUUCAGGAGCAACAGAUGGAGAAUGAUUCAAAAGUGUGGCGGCCGUGAGCUACACAGCCUUGAUGUGAAUGUAGUAUUUUUCUGGCGAAGUCCGAUCUGA